AUGCAAAUCUCGAUAACUUAAGUUGAUCAAUCAACUACUUUAAAAUUAGAUGAAUGGGAAUUAAUCGAAACUGAUUUGAACGAAGAAGCUUUGAAAAGGGAGGAAAACUCUGGUAUAUCCUUGAUAGGUUAAUACAAAUUUGUCAUAGGCAUUUCUAAGCCUUUGGAAAUAAGAAUUGGUCGAAAUUCAAUAUAAAAAAGUAAAAUCACUAUAAAAGGUCUUUUGGGAAUAUAGGCUAUGUUCAUUAGGUCUCAAUGA